GGAGGUAUAAAAAGAGGGAGGGAGUCAAAUAAGAGAGGCAGCAGCCAUAGAGGGAGAGGUGAGCGACAAGAUCAUCCUCUUCUUCGCCAGCCUCAUCAUGUCCAUGCUGCAGAUGUUGACUGUUAUCUCCCUGACUGUUCUCCUCCUGGCAUCUGCACAAGGUAAAGGUGUACAGAUGCAGCUGGAUGUCCAGUGCUGCAUGCUGUAUUCCCAUGGCAAGGUGCGCACCAAGGACGUCCUGCGGUUUGAGGUGCAGACCGAGGGGCCUGACUGCAGUAUACAAGCCAUAAUUCUUUACACCAAAAAGGCAGUGAAAUGUGCCGACCCCAGGGACCGCAAGGUAAAGAGGUUGCUGCGGAAGCUCCUGCAGAGACAGCGGACCAAGGCCCAUCGAACAAUGUGGCUCCUUCCUCACGACAACUUGCCCGUCAUGACAGAGGAAAAGAAAGACAACUGGGCCAUCCUCAAUACAGAGUGAUAGAAACACGUCAAAAAUUGAGGAAAAUGAAUAGUCGUAGGCCAAGUAAACUGUCAGCAGCUCGUCAUCCUACAGUAAAACAGCAGUUAGCUGACUCUCCAGUCGUCUUGUCUCUCGCUCUAUAUCACAACUAUCUGUCUGCAGUGGACCAGACCUGAGCAGCAAUAUCUAUUUAAAUGGCUUUACAUAUUUAAUACAUGAACUGUGCUUGACAGAUGAUGAUGAUGAUUGCGAAAGUGAGGAGAAGGAGGAUCGAGUUGUAAGAUACGCAGGAUGGAUUAAUCUAAAAUGGCUCUUACUGUUAUUUGCCAGAGUCUGCCUCAAAAGUGUCUCCCUCUCUCCAUCCAUAAUGUCUUUGUGGCUGAUCUGUGGAAAAAAAACAUUGUGAUUUGAAAACAUAUAGUAUAAAUGAGCAGUGAUUUAAAUAUCGUCCUGAAGGCAGAUACUUAUAUGCUUGUUUGUGCUUUGUAAAUGUUCACAUUAAUGUGUAACUGCUCUUAGUAAGUAGUUCAUGUUUUGUGGGUGCAAAACCUAUAGGGGAACAUUUUUUUAUUCAAUUGACCUGCACUUUGUUUUAUACAAUCCAGGUUUCACACUUUGACCUCCCGUUGGUGACUGUUAUAUAACUGAGCUGGGGAUGAGAAACCCACAUAUGGUAAAAGCAAUCUGUCCGCUCUUUAUAUUGACUGUUAAUAGCGUAACCCUAGAGUCGGUGUUUCAAACCAGCUAUUUAAACCUAUCUGCAUUCGUCAUCCUCACCACUACAUAGUCAGCCAUUAAACUAUGCCAAAGUACUCUUCUUGAUUCCAUUCACCAUGUGACAAGGCUGUUUAAACUUCGAGGGCUCGAUUGUGUGUGAAACAUGCAAUCAUUGUAUAAGAAGAAUACACUGUACAUUGAAACACACUAUGUCAAGUGAACUAUUUUAUAAAAGAACCUGAAUCAAUGUUUUGGUGUGUUUAUUUUCCAUGUUGCUACCAAAAUAAGAAAUAUUACAGCCACUUUUUAAAUUCAUUUUAUCCCUCAAAAUUCUGCAAACACUGCAUGUCAAACUGGAUUUUUUUUUUAGAAUUAAAAACUAAAAUUUCAGUGAAAAGCAGUAUCUGUGCCAGUAUCUAUUUGA